CUCUCCAGCUACAGGCGCGCGGCCGUCCCAGGACAGUAUAAAAAUUCCAGCGAACUGUCCCAAGAGCACGGAAAGAACUGGAUUUCUUAGGUGUAUCUGUCUGUCAAUCAAUCAUGAAGGCUGUGGCAAUAAUCCUUGUUCUGGCAGUCAUCUCUGGCUGCCAUGCCCGCGCUGUGCGCCAGGCAGAGGCCCUCCAGAACCACUGGGAGGAGAACGUUGAGCGCUUCUGGACCUACGUGUCUGAGAUCAACAGCAGAGCCGACGGACUGGUGGAGAACCUCAAAGCCUCCCAGCUCAGCAGAGAACUUGACACCCUGAUCACUGACACCGUGGCUGAGCUGACCGUGUACAGGGAGGACAUCCAGACCAAGUUGGGGCCCUACGCCCAGGACACAGCCGCCCUGCUGGGCCAGGACCUGCAGCUUCUGACCACCAAGCUCCAGACCGACAUGGUUGACGCCAAGGAGCGCAGCACACAGUACCUGGGAGAGCUCAAGACCAUGAUGGAGCAGAAUGCUGAUGAUGUCCACAACCGCGUCAACACCUACACCCGCAAACUGAAGAAACGCCUUAACAAGGACACAGAGGAGAUCCGCAACACCGUGGCUACCUACCUGGGAGAAAUCCAGUCCCGUACCUCCCAGAACAUGGAUCUCGUGAAGGAGCGUGUGGAGCCCUUUGUGAGUCAGGCCCACGACACCGCCGCCCAGAGGCUGGGCAGCUUCACUAACCUUCUGAAGAACCAGGCCCAGGACCUGAGCCAGCAGGUCUCCACCCAGGCUGAAGACAUGCGCGAGCAGCUGAAGGCCACCGCCGAGGACCUGCGCACCACCCUGGAGGGCAAGAUCGAUGAGCUCAGCAGCCUGAUCGCCCCCUACGCCGCCAAGAUCCGUGAGCAGCUCCAGACCGCCAUGGACAAGGUCAAGGAGACCACCGUCUAAAUGGACCCAGGGGAGGGAGGGGUUUGGAGGACUGGUGUCCCGCCACUACACCCCUGUUUAAGUAGGGGUGGGGGUUGUGAAGCACUGUGCCACCAUUCACCUAGCUACCACAGAGAGGAGGAGGGAGUUAAGUGUUACUGAUGCUGUUUUCACUGUGUUGGCACUGUGUGUUUUGGUUGAGGGGGGUUGAUAGAGAGAGAGGGGUGAGGAUGACAGAGCUUUGAAGGGUUCUUGAGCAGACAAACAGUCCUUUAUGUCUGUUCAGGCCUGUUCAAACACACAAGAGGCCAUUGUUUUUAACCUGCUUCGCUUGUCUUCCUCGUUAUAAGUGCUCUAGAUGUCUCCUACAAAUUUUUCUACUAAUCUGCAUCAGGUUUCUAAGGCUGCUGUAUGGGAUACAAGUGGGGUUGAAACAGUAUCUAACAAUCGUGAGCCAAAUUGUCUCCGGCCCAUUCCAGCGCUGUCCUUCAUUUCAAUAACUGCACUGAAUUAAGACUGGGCUUAUCUCCAGCACUGGCAUCAGUCUGUCCAGAACCAAAGGAGCAGAACCACUCCGUUCCUUGCUUGUCUGUGAUUCUGUAUCUACACCUGCUUUGUAGGCUCUGUAUUUGUUGUGAUUCAUAUAGGAGUGUAUUUACUAUGACUGUGAUAUGACGCGAAUAUGACAAUGAAACUAAAAGGUAUACUUCACAGGGUCCAUAUAUUACCUGUCUGUAUUAAUUCAGUUUGGCCAGAGUGUCUCUGCCACUUCACAAUGUAACACACCCUGCUGCUCACUGUUCGUCUGGCUGUCUGGCUGUUUGGCUGUUUGGCUGUCUGGCUGUUUGGCUGUCUGGCUGACUGCAGUGUGCUCCCCAGCGCUGCGGAAAUAAAAUAUGCUUGUUGCUCAA